GGGGACACACAGAGAGGGACAGUAUGGCGUAUCUCUACUACUUGGAUUUCUCUCUUUCUCUAUCUUCAAAAACCCUAUUUUCCACUUUUGAAUUUUUUUUAAUUAAACAUAAUAAUAGCCCACUGCUUUCUCCCAUGCACUUAAAUUAAUUUUGUCUUCUUCACCACCAACACACUACUUUCUCUCUAUAUAUAUCAUAUGCAACUUUGCUCUUCUUGGUCUAUCUCUCUUUCGCUUGUUUCUUUUCGUUCUCCAUAUCUAAACUGCACUGCACCCAUUUUUAAUUUCCUCAUAAUUAUAACAAACUUACCUUCUCUGACAAGUUAUUAUAUACACUUCCCCAUUUGUCUUUCCUCAACAUAGUUAUAUACAGGUAGUUAGUUAGUUAGUUAACUGACACCAUAUAUCAUCUUCAAUCACUUAAUAAUAAUGUCUAGCAGAAGAUCUCGCUCCAGUAGGCAGUCUGGCGGUUCGAGAAUUAGCGAUGAUCAGAUCAUCGAUCUUGUUUCAAAGUUGCAACAGCUUAUCCCUGAGAUUCAAAGUAGGCGCUCCGACAAGGUGUCAGCUUCCAAGGUUUUACAGGAGACUUGCAACUAUAUAAGAAGCUUACACAGAGAAGUAGAUGAUCUAAGUGACCGUUUAUCUCAGCUUUUGGCUUCAACUGACUCUGACAGUGCUCAAGCAGCCAUUAUUAGGAGUUUGUUCAUGGAGUAGAAGAUACCCUUCAAUUGUAUUGGUCCCACAUUUCUCCUUCUAUCUAUUAUAUAUAUAUAUAUAUGUGUGUGUGUGUGUGUGUGUAAAUUUAGGGUUUUGGUCACUUACAGGCCAAGACAGAGGGUUUUGGUCACUAUAUGGGCUUUUGCUUGAUACAUAGCUAGGCUCCAUUUUUACUGUGAUAACCCUUUUUGAAGACUUGUAGUAAUUAUUGUUAACCAGUCCAGUAUAAUAAGAGGAUUUGUACGCGUAUUACUACGUAUAUUGUUGCCCUAAUUAAUGAGUUAUUGUUACA